CGUGCUCCUGUGAAACAUCCGGCCGGUCCCUAUCAAUCGAUCAGAGAGAGGAAGAUGGCGCUGGAUGGAGCAAGCGGAGCAGGAUCGAUCACCGAAAAGCUCGAUUGGGUUUGUUUUUCUUAACUGAGUCAAACACUGAAUAUCACCGCCGGACCCUGCAGACUGAGCCCGGAGUGAAGUAGCGACAACAAACAGACCCUGCGCCUCCCUGCCAGCCUAUUCCGCCGUCCUCAGGCCUUCAGGACGAUGGAGUUCCCAUGGCACAGUGGGAAGGUUCUGGAGCAGCUUAACCGCCAGCGAAAGCAAGGCCUGCUGUGUGACUGCACCUUCGUUGUGGAUGGGGUGGACUUCAAGGCCCACAAAGCCGUGCUGGCGGCCUGCAGUGUCUACUUCCGCACCCUCUUUCUGGACCAGAAAGAUGUAGUGCACCUUGACAUCAGCAACGCAGCAGGUUUGGGGCAGGUCCUGGAGUUUAUGUACACAGCUAAGCUGAGUUUAAGUCCACAGAAUGUAGAAGAUGUACUUGCCGUCGCUAACUUUCUGAGGAUGCAAGAGGUUGUGAAUGCUUGCUCUGCGUACCAGUCAAUGGCAAACCCAGCUCCGUCCCUCAUAUCACUGGAUUUUGCCGUUGCAGAAGAAAAACAAGGGGAAGAAGAACAGAAAGAGGAGCUGGAGAGCAAAAUGUCAGAAGUAGCAACUCAAGCAGAAGAAAGUCCAAGCACCCCCACAGAAGAGAAGGAGCCCACACAAAAUCUGGAAAAUUUAAAGGAAGACAUCUCCACUGAAACACAACAGGCUGUUUCUCGGCCCAACCCCGCCAGAACCCACUCAGGCCGAGGCCGACCGCCCAAAACCAGCUCCCUCUCUGCUCAGAAGAAGAUAUCUGUAAAGAGGGAGGAAGAGAGUGCUGCACAAGAUGCUCCUGGAUUUCAGGACGACCCCUCUGACGCCGACUACACGCCAAAAUCACAGUUGAAAUCCGCUGGCAGCUCCUCCUACAUGAGUUCUCGUGGGAGAAGAAUCAGAAAACCUCCUCGACGAAAUUUCCCACCUGACAAUGAGUCAGAGGAAGAGGGCAUGUCAAAGACCGAAAUUGAAAAAACAGUGGCAGAGCAGGCAGAAGUGGCUGAAGGAAAGGAGGACAACUGUGUGGAGAUUGGCGAUGGGGAAGCUGAUGAUGAAGACGACUCUGGAGAGGAAGAUGGGGAGGUCAGCGAGCAGGCGGAAGAAGUCGAAUCAGGCACCGAGAGAGAUGGAAGACAAACUCAGUCGACGUCUAUGAGCAGCCGAUCUGAAUCAAAGCCGUACAGCUCUGUCACGCAUGAAUGUGAGGACUGUGGGAAGAAAUUCACCCACACGGGAAAUUUCAAGAGACACAUGCGCAUUCACACAGGAGAGAAGCCGUUCAGCUGUCGGGAUUGCAACAAGGCUUUCUCUGACCCUGCAGCCUGUAAAGCCCAUGAGAAAACACACAGCCCUCUGAAGCCGUACUGCUGCUCGACUUGUGGAAAGAGCUACCGCCAGAUCAGCCUGCUCAACCUGCACCGCAAACGGCACACGGGCGAAGCGCGGUACAGCUGCGAAGUGUGCGGCAAGCUCUUCACCACAUCUGGCAACCUGAAGCGCCACCAGCUGGUGCACAGCGGAGAGAAGCCGUACCACUGCGACUUCUGUGAAAAGGCCUUCUCUGACCCCACCGCCAAGAUGCGGCAUCUGGAGAACGACAUGGAGAAGGGCAACAAGUGUCCACAUUGCGACAAACGCUUCAACCAGCCAGGAAAUCUGAAGGCUCACCUAAAAAUCCACAUCACAGAUGGGCCUCUCAAGUGCAAGGAAUGUGGCAAACAGUUUACUACCUCAGGAAACCUGAAGAGACACCUGCGAGUCCACAGUGGGGAGAAACCGUACGUCUGUAUGCACUGCAAAAGAGCUUUCAGUGACCCUGGAGCUCUGCAGCGGCAUGAACGCAUCCACACAGGGGAGAAGCCGUGUGUCUGUCUAAUCUGUGGCAAGGCCUUCACCCAGGCCAGCUCACUCAUCGCUCAUGUCCGCCAGCACACUGGAGAGAAGCCAUAUGUGUGCGAUCGCUGUGGCAAAAGGUUUGUGCAGUCCAGUCAGCUGGCCAAUCACAUCCGACAUCACGACAAUGUCCGGCCACACAAGUGUCAAAUGUGCAACAAGGCAUUUGUUAAUGUGGGGGACCUGUCAAAGCACAUUAUCAUUCACACAGGGGAGAAACCUUUCCUGUGUGAUAAAUGUGGCAGAGGGUUCAACCGAGUGGACAAUCUGCGCUCCCACGUCAAGACCGUCCACCACGGCAAGGCCGGCAUGAAGCGGCUGGUGCUAGACGAGGGAGCUGAUGGGUGCGCAGGGGCGUCCACCUCUGACAGCGAGAUAAACAUAGUCACAGUCACCACAGAGGACAUUGUCACCCUGGCAACUGAGGCCCUGGCAGCAAGUGCUGUGGCUCAGCUGACAGUAGUUCCAGUGGCUGCUUCAGUGUCUGCAGAUGAGACGGAGGCUUUAAAAGCUGAAAUUACUAAGGCAGUAGAGAAAGUGCAAGAAGCAGACCCCAAUACCCAGAUCUUGUACGCCUGUGAUUCGUGUGGUGAUAAAUUCCUGGACGCCAGCUCCCUGGCCCAGCACGUACGCAUCCACACAGCUCAGGCCUUGGUCAUGUUCCAGGCAGACUCCGACUUCUACCAAUACACCACAGCCACCACUGCUGAGGGGGAUCCCGCCACAACAUGGCAACCCACAGCCGAACAAGUCAUCCAAGAGGGAGAGCUGAUUUUCCGCACCCAGGGUGGAGAGGAGGAGGCAGAGGGAGGGAUGGUGGGCGAGACACAUCGAGAACAAGAAGGGACAGGAGGGGCGAUCGAUGAGGAGGGGAAGGAAGACGGGUUGAACCCCACGCUGAGCUCCGCACAGAGGGAAAAGAUGAAGCUGCAGCAGAGAGAGGGGGAAAAAAUUGAGGAGAUGGAUUGUGACAGUCAGGCAUAGUGGGGGAGAUUUGUGAGAGUGUGUGAAAUAUUGGUAUAAAUCUAAUUUAUACAGAAGGAAAUAUAAGAAAUGAAAUGGGUUGAAGCCUCAGUUUAAACAUGCCAUGUUAAAAAUAAAUCUAAACUGGAUUUAUAACAUACAACACUUUUUUGUAUUAGAAUUUAUAGUUGGAUUUUUUUUUUGCAGAACUAAUUCCAGGAAACGAGGUGUGAUUCAGUGAUUUGGUAAAUAUUGUUCUUCCAGAGAUUGUUAUCCUUCUUUGUAUAGUUUGUUUAUUUUAAGACUAAAAUGCAGGAUGAUUUAAUGCCCUUUGUAUUUAGAUCACAACUCUGUCUUACCUAUAUUCACCUACAGAAAAAGUUCUGUCUUAUUUUUCCAUUUCACUCAGAAGAUAAAAAUUCAAACUAUUUUAUUGUACUUGGUUGUAAGUAUUUUCAUAAAAAUCACGUCUUGAAAAUGUUAUUUACAUGACCCUGAGGGGUACUAAUUGAGAGGUAAUCAUCAUCUCCACCUUUUUGAUCACCAAUGGGAUCGUGUAUUCAAGUACUGGCAAACAUGUAAAUGAUUUGCAUGUAUAAUAGUUGUAUAUAUUUGUUAUUUGUCCUCUAAAAAAGUCUUAAUACCUCUGAUAAAUGAUAAAAGAAAUGUGUGGUGAUGACAACCUGGUUAACAAUUCCAAUUUUCACAUUUUCACUUUUUUUUCUAGUAUUGCAGUAAACUGUAUUGCAGUAAGAUUGUUCCCUGCCACCAGUGGUUUUAUGUCAUUAUUUUGUCUGUUUAGAUUAACAGCAAGAUACCCCAUUAGAUAUCAGUAAUAUUGCAUAGACUUACUGACAAACAUCAUCUCAUCAAUAAAGAAUUAUCACACAGUU